AUUACAUAGCUCUUAGCAGCGGUCCUAACCUAGUGCAGAGGCCUCGGAUUGCUGGCGGGAAACUUGGCGGGAAACUGCACAAACGGGCCCCCAGUAUAUGUGUUGGAGCCAAUGGCAAUAGUGCUAUGACUUACGUCACUUUGCGGCAACUGCAUAGUAGCUCUUCGCGCUGACGGUCGCGACUCGGCACCAGGCUCGGCCAGGCUCGGCACACAUACAAACGUGUUUAGAGCACUCGUAAGCGAAUACGCGGCACUUUGUCACGCUGCGCAUGGGUGUAUGGUUACCGUGAUGUCACAUCAUUUGCAAACUUCAACACCACUAAGUACCAGUCGGCCACGAAACUGCAUCCGUACUACUGCGACGGUUGGCCCGGAUGACCAGUUUGGUAGUGUGCGUCGAUGUUCUAUCGCGCUCAGCGUAUGCGUUACACGUACAUCGGCCAUAUCAGUGCUCCCACAAGCGCCAGUGGUGUUGUGACCGAUGCAGCGGCCGCAACCAGCAGCAGCAGCCGCAGGGGCAACCAGCAGGGUAAUAGCGACUCCCCUGCGGCGACUCCGCUGCUGGCGGCACCGGCUGAGGACUGGUGCGGCUGCUUUCCCGGCCCUGGUUCCAGCGAACAGCAAACCUCCACGGCUACUGCCGCGACAGCAGCUGCUGCAACAGCUACUGCCAUGUCAGCGGCCGCCGCAGCUCUGUUGGAGACACCCUGGCGGCUGAUGUCAGCUGACUACCAGCAUGCGCCUCAGAGGGCUGCUGUGGGUGCAAGGGCAGCAGGUGCAGGUGCAGGCACAACAGCCGCAGUCACCAAUAGCAGCGGCGGCGGUGGGAAUGACCAAGGAGUCUCCACUACCAGUGGCGGUGCAGCUGAACAAGCUGCCCCGCAGCUUGCCACUGCAGGCGGAAUGUUCGCUGCUGCUUCAUCGUUCGGUAACAACAGCAGUGGGAGCGGCGGCGACAGUGGCGGUGGCAGAGGCGGCAGGGCUGGCGGCACAGAGGAUGUGCCUACGUGGAUUGCGUCGAGCAGCGUCCGGGUCAGACGGCCGCUGGUGCUGCGCCGAGUGGCCAUCGCACUGGCGCUUACCGGGACGGCGGCGGCGGCGGCGGCUGGGGAGCCCAGCAGCAGCAGCGCCCCCCGACCUCGCCCGGGCACUGGGCGGCUCAAGAUCACGAUGCAGCUGUGCUCGCCCUGCUGGGGGCCACGCGUGCCUCGGGGUGACAAUGAGCUGCAGCACAGCGGGGGCAGCCGCGGGGGCCUGAGUGAAGAUGGCACACAGGCGGCGGCGGGAUCUGCCUGCUGCGCCCCAGCCCGGAUCCUUGCGGACCUGGACCUGUCGUCUCGCUUUGCUGGUGGUCAGCGGUCCCUCACCAUCCUCCUAAGUGACGACGACGAGGCCCCGCCGCCGCCUAGCCGCACAGCGGCUGCGGGUGCCGCGCCGGCGGUCGGAGGUGCCCACGCGGGGCCAGCCGCCCACGCUGCGCGGUCCGCCCGUGACGAUGACGAUGAGGGUCGGGAGGACGUGAGCGUGCUGGUCCUGCGGCCCCUCCAGCCCCUCAUCACGGGCCUGCUUAUCGCCACCAAUACUCCUGGUCCUGGGCGUAUUGAUGGCGCUGCUGUGGCUCCGGACUGCCGCGCCGCAACCAGCAGCGACGCCGCCGGCGGUGCAUCCGGUGGCGGCGGUACUGCUGCUGGCAGCGCCCACGGCGUUUGGGCUGGCCGGGGCGGCAGCGCCGGCACCUGGACCCUGGGCCUCGAGUAUGUGGAGGCGGCGGGCUCAAUUCCAGCAGAGACCUUGCGGCGUGAGGGGGGACGGGAUGGAAUGCUGGCUAUGGGAGGGGCUCAGCAGCAGACGGCGGUAGCGGAGGCAGGGCUGGAGGCGCCGGCGGGGCCGGCUGCUGUGGGUGUGUUCAGCGCAGCUACCCCAGCCUCAGGCAACGUCGACAGCGGCGGUGGCAGCCCGGAUGGCAAAAGGCCACAGGCGCUGCUACUGCCACAGCAGGCAUUGCUACUGCCACCUGACGCGUACCAGCAGGCGGGCCUGGGGCUGCUGGGCUGGCCUCGCAGCAACAGUAGUGGCAUCCACGGCAUAAGCAGCAGCGGCAGCAACGGCACCUGCUGGUGGCCGGUGGUGCCGGCGGCCGCUGCUGCGGAGGCAGACGCGGCGGCGGAAGCGGCGGCGGCUACAGAGGCAGGGUCUGAGCGGUCUGGAUACCAGGGAGCGCCACAGCCGGCUGCUGCUGUGCUACAGCCCGCAGGGGUGCCACAGCAGUCGCUAUUCGAGGCCGUAGCAGGACAGCCAGCAGUACCGCCGUUCCGAGGCGAAACAGCAUCACUCGCAGAAGCGGCGGACCUGGGAGUGGUUGGUGGUGCGCAAGCGGCCCCGAGUGCCAGCGCCGCCGGCAGCAACAGCAGUGCAUCAGCGGGGGGCCUGCCGUACGUGCUGCAGGUGGCGGCGCUGUGCCACACCGACCUCUACCUCUGCUACAACACCUAUUUCCGAGUGGAGCCCUCAACCAGUGUCACCGGCAGCAGCGCCGCCGCGCCCGAGCCAGCAGCGGCCGAGGGUGGCGGCCAAGGGGGCGGCGGCGCCGGCGAGGGCGGCGGCGGCGGAGAGUACAGCAAUUACGGCUAUGAGAGUUAUGGUUACGAUGGCGGCGGCGGUGGCGGGUAUGGUUAUGACGAGUUGGUGGCGGGCGAGGCGGGAAACGUGGGGGGCAGCACGAUUGGCGGCCCCGGCGAGAUUGGCGCCAUGGAUAUGGGGCAGAGCGCAGGUGAAGAUUUAAAUCCAGGUGCUGCUGUGGGAGCGGCAAGUGGACCCGCCGCUAACGGCAUGGCUGCUGAGCAGCAGUCGGCUGCUGCGACUGGUGGGGCCGGAGGUGAUGGCUUUGACCAGUGGCUCGCUGCCUUCGAGGCGCGGGUUCAGGACCGCUACCAUCAGCACUACGCGCCGCGGGCGGCCGCGGCCUUUACACAGGCGGAGCAGCAGCUGGCGGCUGCGCUGGCAUCCUGGCCGGAUGUCCGAGCAGGCGGUGUCGGCGGCACGCCGGCGCAGCGCCAGCAGGCCCGGCAGCUGCGCUCCUUCCUCAACGCCCGCCUCUACGCCGCCGCCUACCGCUCCGCCCAACUGUCGUACGGGUCAGCAUACCUGGAUGCCGUGAUCGGACUGGCGCUGUACGGCAAGAUUGCGGAGCUCGCAAUCAACCCGCGCUUCAUCAUCACGCGCCUGCUGCUCAUCGUUUUGGAUGGCGCGGUGGCAACGUCACUCCUCGGCCUCACGCAGGCAACGUUCACGGUCACGCCAACCGUCGUGGGCGGCGGUGCCAUCCUCAACGCCCCCAACAGCACUGCCAGCGCCGACGGAAGCAGCGCCGCCAGCGUCUCAUCCAACCCAGCCGGCGGCGCGCCCAUCCUGGCCUCUCCGGCAGCCAGCAACCUGCUCACCUCCGCAGCAACCACAGCCGCCGCGUCGCGCCUGCUGCCCAAUGCCAUACCUUUCUCCACCCCGGGCCCCGCAGCCCUCCGCGACAGCAGCAGUCCCAGGAGCAGCCUUGGCACAGCAGGUGGCCUAGGUGGUGCCGGCAGCAACCGGGGUAGCGGAAGCAGCACAAGCCGCAGCACCCCACUCCUCGCUAGGCUCCAGAACACGUCAAGGGCCGUCCUGACACGAGCGACCCAAGCCAUGACAGAUGCUUCAACGGCCUACCCUGCUGGCCUCGGCAUGGGUGCAGCAGCCGCAGCCGCAGCCGCAGCCGCAGCCGCAGCAGCUGGGCGCGCCGCUGCAGAAGGCACUGCUGCCGGUGGCGUCGGCCUGCCGGGGACUGUAACAAGCGGGGCAAGCGGGACGGCGGCAGCGACGCCCUGGCUUGACGCGGCAGAGCAGGUGGUGUCGGCACUCGCGGCCGCGUUACGGGAGCGCCCGGCAUCGGCGUUAUCCGCCGCCCGUGACCGCCUUCGCAACACGGUGGCCACUGCUGCUACUGCCACUACUCGCGGGCCUGGCGGCCUGUUGCGUGGUGCCGCUCGGCCGCGCGAUGCAAUGAGUGGCGGCAGCAGCGACAGCAAUGCCGCUGGCAGCCAACAGGGCCUGUUGCAGAAGCAAGCGGUCCAGGCUUUCACCGCAGCGCUCGACCGCUUCUUGCAACGCGGCGAGCAGGCCACUGUGGCGUUGCAGACGAUGCAGCAACAGCGGACGGCGGUGUUGGGCCUGCGGCAGCAGGCGCUGGUGGAUACAGCCGCGCGCAUGGCCGCGGGCGGCGUUGUCCCUGUGCUCACCUCCAAUGCAACUGCUUCUGCCAAUGGCACGGAUGGCGCUGCCGCGGGUGGCGGCGGCGCUGUCGGCGGUCGCAGCGGUGCUCCAGCCGUAGCGGGCGGCAGCGGCGGUCUACUGCGGGGUGGCAGCAGCCCCGGUCAUCAAGGGCCCCUGGCACUUGCGGCGGGGGCGGGCCUGUCCGCCAUAACGCAAGCCGCCACCGUUGCGGCCGCUCGCGUGCGGGAGCGCUGGGGACCCCUACUGCUGUCGAACGGCAGCAGCAGCAGCAGGCCAGCUUCGCGGCAGCCCGCCCCGCCUGCUGCUGCUACGCCCCCCGCGCCUCAGGUCCCGCCGCUCCCGGUGGCGACGACACAGACGGCUGCAGGCACUCCUGGCAGCACGGGCGCUACGGGUGCCCCUGGCAGUGCGGCAGGCGUGGCAGGCGCUGCUGCGGGCGACCCGGACGUUUUGGUGUGGUCUGUGGGCGCACACCGUAACCCGCCCUCCCCAGCCUCAGUGCAUGCGGGUAGCCGCGCUGGUGCCGUCACCAAUAUUACGGGUGGCAAGCAGGCGCCCGCGGCAGCCGCUGAAGAGCCCGGUGCUGUAUGGCAGCCCGGCGGCCCCUCAAGCACAAGCUCCCCAAUGCUUGAUGAGUAUGGUGACCGGGUGAUGGCUGAUGAGGCAACAGGCGGAGCGGUGACAAGUGGCGGCGGGCGCGAGGAUGAGAGCUCGGCGCUGACGUGGGUGCCGGAGAGCAAGGGAAGUACGGGGCAGGCACAAGGCUGAACACUGCUGGGCCCAGUCGUAGAUGCUCGAGUUAGUCGCUCCUGCCUGGCCUGGACGCAUGGCGGGCUGUGCCUGUACAAACCGACCCCGGCUAUGUCCGGGAGAUGAGGUAGACGCUUGCGGCCUCAGACUGGAGACGUGGUGUGGGGCUGUGGGCUCAGCCCACUUUUUCCUUGUGAGGGAAAACCACAGUACCUUUCUUGCCAUCUCGUGUCGCGUGUGUUGCUACAGAUCCGGCUGGCGGGGGUGCUGGCAGUUUAUCUUGCCAUUUGAUGUCGCUGUGUACGUGAAUCUGUACCACGUGUUCAAGCAGAACCCCGCUGGUAGAUAGGAGUGACAGGAUAC